UCACACCCAGUUCUUUAUCGGCAUCCAAAAUCACCCAAUUCUGCUAAAAACCCAACUGCUCAUCCAGUUUCCUCUCAUUUCCUUCUCAAAACAAAACCCAAUUCUCCUUUGUCCACCAAAUGGCUCAUAUCCUACAAACUUCUUUCCUUCCCUCCACUUCCACCCUCCGCCGCACCCCCAUCCCGGGUUCUAAAGCUAAGUCUCGAUCCCUUCAGGUUAAGGCGAAGAUACGAGAGAUUUUCAUGCCGGCAUUGAGCUCCACGAUGACGGAAGGUAAGAUCGUGUCGUGGAUGAAGUCGGAAGGAGACAAGUUGUCGAAAGGGGAGAGUGUUGUUGUCGUUGAAUCGGACAAGGCUGACAUGGAUGUCGAGAGUUUUCACGAAGGGUUCCUCGCCGCCAUCAUGGUCGAGGAAGGCGGUGUAGCUCCCGUCGGCUCUGCCAUCGCCCUCCUGGCUGAGACCGAAGACGAGAUCGCUGAAGCCAAGGCCAAAUCUCAGUCUUCUUCUGGUAGCAGCAGUGCCCGAGUAGUGGAGGAGAAACCAAAGCAAAAGCAAGAGUCGGAGCCCGCUGUUUCGGCUGUUGCUCCUACUGUUUCAAGUACAAAGACCGUGGUUGUGGGGUCCGCGGUGCAUCCGGCUUCAGAGGGAGGGAAGAGGAUAGUUGCGUCUCCGUACGCCAAGAAAUUGGCAAAGGAGUUGAAAGUGGAUUUGGGGACAGUGGUGGGGACUGGACCCUUGGGGAGGAUUGUGGCUAAGGACGUGGAGGCUGCAGCCGCAGCCGCAGCGGGUGUGGUCGCUGCGGCAUCGCCUGCUUCUCCGGCAAUCGCAGCCCCGGUGGCAUCUGGUAUUGAGUUGGGGACAGUGGUUCCUUUCACUACAAUGCAGGGUGCUGUGAGUAAGAAUAUGGUUGAAAGUUUGUCUGUGCCUACUUUUAGAGUCGGUUACACCAUCACCACAGAUGCCCUUGAUGCCUUGUACAAGAAGAUAAAGUCCAAGGGUGUAACAAUGACAGCAUUGCUUGCAAAGGCAACGGCGCUUGCAUUGGCUCUACAUCCUGUAAUUAAUACCUGUUGUAGGGAUGGAAACAGCUUUACGUAUAACAGUAGCAUCAAUAUUGCCGUUGCUGUAGCUAUAGAUGGUGGGUUGAUUACACCAGUUCUUCAGGAUGCUGAUAAGGUUGACAUUUAUACAUUGUCUAGAAAGUGGAAGGAGUUGGUAGAUAAGGCACGGGCCAAGCAAUUGCAACCUCAUGAAUAUAAUACGGGUACCUUCACUCUGUCUAACCUUGGAAUGUUUGGUGUGGACCGGUUUGAUGCCAUUCUGCCGCCGGGAACUGGAGCAAUUAUGGCUGUUGGAGCUUCUCAGCCUGCAGUUGUAGCUAGCAAAGAUUGUCGUAUUGGCGUGAAGAAUCAGAUGCAGGUAAAUGUUACCGCCGAUCACCGUGUCAUCUAUGGUGCUGAUCUAGCUUCAUUCUUGCAAACGUUGGCCAAGAUUAUCGAGGAUCCCAAAGAUCUUACCUUGUAAUGUGCCGUUCGUUUAACAAAACGAUGCCCUCAUGGCCAUGACAUGCUCACACAAAUUCUCAUUUAACAUGCUCCCAAGGUUCAUGUUCUUCAAAUCAUUUAUACUUGAGAUCUUGAAAUUAUGAAAUUUACUUGAGAUGUAGGUGAGUUUUCAGUGGAGAAGAAGACGAGUAUUUUACAGAGCACUGGUUAA